CAGCAGCACCAGCGCCGCCCUGGGGAGAGAGAGAGCGAGGGAGAGAGAGAGAGAGAGAGAGAGAGAGAGAGAGAAAACCAAGCCCCCCUCCUACACCCCUACACACUCCCCACCUAACAACAACCUCAGCCCCGCAGCUAGGCUCUCUCAGAACGACCCCACCCCGCCCCCAACCCCCUCUGAGAGAGGGGACGGAGCGAGACACACUAAGGAAGAAGAAGAAGAAAAAGGAGGGGGAAAAAAAUCGAAGAAGACCGCUUCGGGUUGCCCUCAAUCCGGGCCUACUAAUGCUGUAGCGGCGAGAGGAAGAGCGACGACAACGCACUGAUUGAGGAGUCGGCGUCGCGGGGUGGACCAAGGCGGAACCCGGAGGGGAACACGACGCUUGUUCAUUCGCUUGCUCGUCACCAUCAUGGGAUGUACGCUGAGCGCCGAGGAGCGAGCCGCUCUGGACCGGAGCAAGGCCAUCGAGAAGAACCUGAAGGAGGACGGGAUGGUGGCCGCCAAGGACGUCAAGCUGCUGCUGCUCGGCGGUGGAGAGUCCGGCAAAAGCACCAUCGUCAAACAAAUGAAGAUCAUCCACGAAGAUGGCUUCUCCGGGGAUGACGUGAAGCAGUACAAACCUGUGGUCUACAGCAACACCAUCCAGAGUUUGGCAGCCAUCCUGCGAGCCAUGGACUCGCUGGGAAUCGAGUUUGGAGACAAGGAUCGAAAAGCGGAUGCUAAGCUAGUGUGUGACGUCGUGAGUCGCAUGGAGGACACCGAGCCAUACUCUGCGGAGCUUCUCUGCGCCAUGAAGCGCGUUUGGGCUGACGCCGGGACUCAGGAGUGCUUCAACCGGGCCCGCGAAUACCAGCUCAACGAUUCGGCCCAAUACUACCUGGACAGUUUAGACCGGAUCGGGGCUGCAGACUACCAGCCCACAGAGCAGGAUAUUUUGAGAACCCGAGUGAAGACCACCGGCAUUGUGGAAACUCACUUCACCUUCAAAAACCUCCAUUUUAGGCUCUUUGACGUGGGAGGGCAAAGGUCGGAAAGGAAGAAAUGGAUCCACUGCUUUGAGGAUGUGACUGCCAUCAUUUUUUGUGUGGCCCUGAGUGGUUAUGACCAGGUGCUCCAUGAGGAUGAAACAACUAACCGCAUGCACGAGUCCCUCAUGCUGUUCGACUCCAUCUGCAACAACAAGUUCUUCAUCGACACCUCCAUCAUCCUUUUCCUCAACAAGAAGGACCUCUUUGCGGAGAAGAUCAAGAAGUCGCCGCUGACGAUCUGUUUUCCCGAAUACACAGGUGCUAACACUUACGACGACGCCACCGCAUACAUUCAGGUUCAGUUUGAGAGUAAGAACCGCUCUCCCAAUAAGGAGAUCUACUGUCACCUGACCUGUGCCACGGACACAGGGAACAUCCAGGUAGUGUUCGAUGCUGUCACCGACAUCAUUAUCGCAAACAACCUGAGAGGGUGCGGCUUAUACUGAGCACGGCCGUUCUUGCAGAGAGUGUGAGGCGUUAUAUCAUUUUCAUGGUACUUUAAAAAAAAGAAAAAAAUUACACACACAGAAAAAUAUGUAAUUCAACACGUCCGAAAUGGACCCAAAGAGCUGCCACCAGAUAUCAUGUCGGAUUCAUGUUAUGAUUUUGUUCCCUUCCUCUUCUCACGAGUUCAUGAGCCCCAGUUUUGUCUUUGAGUGUUUGAAUGGUUUGCUGAUGAGCGUAAACAAACAACCGGGGGGGGGGAGCAGGAGCAGCAAGUAACCCCGAGCAUUGUCUGCUGCUCCAUUUUGACAAGUUAAACGAUGAUGCAGACGAUGCUGAUAAUAUAACGGGGGAGGCGCCGGGAAGUUUGCCUUUCCUUCACAUGACCGAGUAGCCCGCAGGUCUGUUCUGCUCUUUUUCUCUUGUACUUCAACAGAAAGAGAGUAUUAUCCGGUGUAGAGCGGCCGGCCUCCUGUGCUACGAGGACCGCCCAUCGGUUGAUAAUAUCUUACAAUAGACGUGGAAAGAAAGAGACACAAACAAAAAGCUGUCAUAUUGGUGCCAACCAUUUGAGAACAGUUUAGGAUCCUAGUUGGUUCUUGUUUAGGGUUGUGACCAUUGAAUUGUUGAUCGCUUCAAGCCUCAUCCCUCUUCCUCCAGCCACACAUUUAAUUUGGCCCUCAAUGUGAAUCUGUUUAGUCAUAGAAGACUGCACAAGGAGAGAAUAUCAUCAGAGGCAGCCUCUGCCUGUUAGGGGACUAUAUAAUAUUCUCCCCUCAUGUUUAUCAUCCUCCUCUUUUCACACUGAAGCAGUACAGCUCUCCACCCCCCCAUACUCCGCCUCCCCGUCCCAGUAUACACAUUUCCCCUCAUAUCCGAUUCAUUGUCACCGUAAAAGCACCGUAUUGUAUAUAAAUAUAUUACGAUUAUACCAGAUUUUUUUUUUUACUGUGAAUGUUUUUGUGCUGCACCCCAUCUUCUGUAGUUCAUUGGUUGCUCUCAUGUGGAAUGUUUGUGCUGAGCCAAUCGAAUGUUGUGUUUACAUUAAAGCUACACUUUUCCUAAC